AUGCCACAAACGAAACCCCAGGCGCGAAUGCCACCAGCACCAACGCGUCUCCGCCAAAUCGCACUCGUGGCCUCGGAUCUAGAACGUGCAAAGGAUCUGCUAAUAACGGUCAUUGGAACGGAGGUUAUCUUUCGAGAUCCUCUGGUUGAGCAAUGGGGACUGAGGAACAUACUUGUUCCCAUAGGAGGUGAUGUUAUUGAGUUUUUAUAUAGCUCAAGGCUAAUGGAAGCAAGCAAGGUCGUUUCGCCCUUUAAGCCAAACACAACUGCUGGCAGACUGCUCUCAAAACGCGGGGAUGGCGGAUACAUGAUUAUCAUGCAGACCGAAGAUGCCUCUGCACGGCGAGACUAUCUGCAGUCGAAUAAGCUGGCGCAGGUAAUCCUUAAUCAUGAAAGUGAGGAUUCCGUCUGCGUUCAGUAUCAUCCAAAAGGGAUUACGGGUGGCAUAAUCCCCGAACUCGACUCGCACUCCCCCUCCCUUACAAACCCCACGCCAUUACAAACCAGCUUCUCCCCCUGGCACGCCUGCGGACCGCGCACCUCAUAUGCAGAUUACGCCGCUGGCAUGAAACGGCACUCCGAUUUACAUUUACUAUCCGCUACGUGUCGACUCGCGCCCGGAGACGACGGUGUAGAGGGUGCGGCACGGCAAUGGGAAGAUGUGUUCGGCGUAGUGCGCGGGAAGCGGGGAGGAGAGAACGAGUUUGUAAACGCGAGACUGGACUUCGUACCGGGGAUACAUGGGCAGGCUGGAGGAUUGGUGGAGAUAUGUAUUGGCGUGGAAGGACAAAUUGCGCUGGGUGAUAUGCUGAUUAGGGCGAAGCGGAUGGGUGUGUUGGGGGGUGAUGGAGCUGUGGAGAUGUUGGGGGUGAGAUGGGAUUUUGUGCUUUUUGAGGAGGGGCAAGUUAAUAGUAGGCUGUGA